UAUGACAGCCGCUCUCUGCUUCCGGGAUCGCUCCUCCCAGCAACCCAUGUUCCUCCUGACACCCGCCGGUGUUCCGUGCUGUGCUCUCCGCUGACAGGUACUGAGGGCCCUUUGUGUAAGACGUCCGAGACACCCUGCCUGGGGGCAGAGCUUCCAUGAGCCGCAAUGCUGGGCAGAAGGCCUGGCAAGAAAAAUGCCCCAGCCAAGGGCAAAGGAGUAGCUGCAGCCAAAGAGCUUGGCUUGUUUGUAGACUUCAAUCCGGAGGAUAUGAUGAUGGGAAUCCCAGAUGAUGCAGACGAUGGAGACCUUGAGGCAGAGCUGGCCGCCCUUACUGGUGGGAAAGUGGCACCCAAGGCAAAGCCUAAAGGAAAAGCUCCAGUUCCUAUGGAUCAUAUAGAGAAGAUGGCACAGGAGUGCAUGAGAGACCUGGAUGCAGAGGAAGAGGUGGGCGAUGAUGAUCUGGAGGAUGACGACGAUUUGCUGGCUGAGCUGCAGGAAGUGAUGGGGGUGGUAGAGGAUGAGUCUUCUACUGACAUACAAGAUGUUGAAGAGGCUGAACUUCAGCAAGUGGAAGAAGCAGAGCCUGCCAAACAACUUACCUCUUCAGCUGAGGACCACAAAAGUCCCUCUAAGACAAGUACAGGGGUGUUGCUGCCAACUCUACAAGACCGGAUAACCAACUAUCAGACAGCAAUUGCCAAUGCAAAGCAAGCCAAUGAGACCUCCAAAGCCAGGCGAUAUGAGCGAGGACUAAAGACACUGGAAUCUAUGUUAAAAGCUGCUAAACAAGGCAAGCCUGUGAAUGAGGAGGAGAUGCCACCACCAGUGGCCAGUGGGAAACCUGAAACGGCUCCGCUCCCCACCAUCACUGCACAGGAACUGGAUGAGGCUCCAGCUUUUACCGAACCUUCAGAAACAGUUGGCAGCCAGAGCCAGCCUGUGGAUGCGGAAGUACCAGUUACUGCCAGUGGGGAGCCAGCUGUCACACAAGAAGAAGCAGAGAGGAAGACCCUACUUGUGACAAGGCACAAUGAGUACAAGAUGGCGGCGCUGCGGGCGAAGCACCGAGGAGACAUUGAGAAGGCCAAAGAGUACAUGAAGAUUUGCAAGAAAUUUAGCUCUGUUUUAGAAGCUAUGGAGUGCGGACAGCCUGUUGAUCUUAGUCAGAUGCCUCCUCCCCCUAAUGACCAAGAAGUGCAAACCUCAGAACUAAGCACACCGGAACCCCAAGAUCCCACCACCAGACAAGAAGCGCCCGCUGUUACGGUGUUACAAGCUCUGCAGCAAAGGAUGGAUCGCUACAAAUCUGCAGCACAGCAAGCCAAAGCCAAUGGAGAUGACAGGAAGGCCAGAAUGCAUGAGAGGAUUGUCAAGCAAUAUCAGGAUGCCAUUCGGGCUUCCAAAGCUGGCAGAUCAGUGAAUCUGGCUGAGCUCCCAGUUCCUCCAGGGUUUCCUCCAUUCCCUGGCAUGGAGAGCGCAGGAGAUGUGGGCAGUGUGGAGAAAGCUUUGGAAGCUGCUCAGAAGUUGGCACAAGCUGGUGAGGACGAUGGAGCUGAAGAUGAAGAGGAGGAGGGUGAACAGCCAGCAAAGAAACCUGUCCCACAAAAGCCCAUCCUGAUUGUCAAACCACAGGUGUCACCAAACCUUCCACAGCAAGAUGAGGCACCCCUUAAAACCAAAGGCACUGAAACCACAGACCCCACUGGGGACUUUCCCCCUGCAGUACAAGAACAGCUGGAAUUUCUGGAGAACCGCAGGAGACAGUACAGGAAAGCAGCUCUCCAAGCCAAGCAAAAAAACGACCUGGUCCUUGCCAAAGAGCACAUGGUAGUUGUCCGUACUAUCCAAGCUUCCAUCGAUAAAGUCAAGAGCGGGACCCUUGUUGACAUUGCCAAGAUCCCACCACCUCCAGCAGAUGAGGACAAUGACUUUGUUGUAAUAGAACAUGAAGAUACAAGGUCACCACAGAACUCAGAUGAAGUUUACUCUCAGUUGUUGAAGCUUCUUCAAGAACAGCAUGAGAAAUGUUUGCGGUAUUCCAAGCAGUUUACACAGAUGGGAAAUGUUACAGAAACCACAAGGUUUGAAAAAAUGGCAGACGAAUGCAAGAAGAAUUGUGAUAUCCUUCACCUAUCACAAGCUCAGGGCCGGGAUCCACCUCCCUAUCAUUUUGAAGACAAGACAUUGAGAAUAGUCCGAGUAUUCUCGGAGCUAAGUAGUACAGAGAUGUUGCUGAUUAUAGUACGAGGCAUUAAUCUUCCAGCCCCUGCAGGAAUGACGCCCAAUGACCUGCAUGCGUUUGUGAAGUUUGAUUUUCCAUAUCCAAGCACGGAACAGCCACAGAGAAAUAAAACCCUUGUCGCUAAAAACACCAACUCUCCAGAGUAUGAACAGUCGUUUAAACUAAAUAUCAACCGCAACCACAGAGGCUUCAAACGGGUAGUUCAGGCCAAAGGCAUCAAGUUUGAAAUCUUCCACAAAGGAGUAUUCUUGUUCAGAAGUGAUAAGCAAAUUGGGACUGCAAAUGUUAAACUGGACAAGUUGGAGACGCAGUGUGAGAUUCGAGAGAUUGUAGAGGUGUUUGAUGGAAGAAAACCAACCGGGGGGAAACUUGAAGUAAAGGUUAGGUUAAGGGAGCCUCUCAAUGGUCAAGACCUUCAAACCGUGACAGAGAAGUGGCUGGUGAUGGACCCUGUUACAAGGAAGUGAAAGUGGUUCAGUAAGAGGACGGCUUCCUGUACAAUGAAGACGCUGCCUUCACACACCCCCGUCAGCCUGUUCUUGCCGUGUGUUCCACAGGCCAGAAAAGGAGUUGCAUACCAAAGGACUUUCCUGCAGCGUUGAAGCACAUGAGAGGAACGCCGUCAUAACCGGAAAAAGAUCACGUUAAUAUAUCAAUGCAGAAUGUCCACGGCUGUGCAGCCCUUGCGGCAUUAAAGUGCGCUGACCGCUCUACCUUACUAACAGCACAACUUGGCGUCACCCACAUGUAAUCUCUGGCUUUAUGUGUUGAAUGUAAAUGAAGAUCUGUUUUAUGAUCACCAGAGACCAGAGGACAAGCGUGACACAAAUUUCAGAAUGUACUGCAACAGAAUGCUGCUGCUAGCCUGUGAGGGGUUUCUGUUCCUGAGACCCAUAAUACAUUGCAGCAUAGCUUGCCAGCAACAUUCCUGAUUGUGGAUUUGCUUCUGGUGCUGAAACAACGCUGAUUACUCAAAAGCUGCACUGCAAAAAAAAAAACACACACAUUGUGCUAUUUCUAGCUGUUUUAACCAGUUUACAGGUUAAUAUGUCUGUAAUUGAUUAUUUAGGUUGUCAUGGGUUACCAUGAAGGAAAGGCUGCUAUGUUGAGGUACGUUACCCAAGAAGGUCCAUCCAUCUCCGACUACAGUCACAGCCCACCUCAAAGUUUCAACCAUUCUAGGGUAAGUGAGCUUAGAGUCCCACUCUGUCCCAUAGACAAGACAAGGCCAGCCCUAGCCAGUUCCCUAAUGGGAUGUCCGAAAUCCCUGCCGUAUGAUCAGCUUACAGAGGAGGGACGUGCAAAUAUGAAAAGAACUUCACUUCCUUUUAUCCAUAGUAAAGGGAACGAUCAGCACCCGCUCAUCAGAUUUUCCAGCGUUUUGGAAUUUCUCUGCAAUAACCUUGACUUCUGAUGCAAGCUGGUCAACCCUCUAAGGGCAGACGGUUGUCUAUCACAAGCGGCGCUCAAAGCGUUCAUAACUUGUGUAGUGUGUGUGACCACCCUGUGACCGAGCAGGGAAAUGAUCAUCUUUGUAAAGAUUAUUUUGUUCCCUUAUGCCUGUACCAAUUGAAAAAUAUUCUCAUUUUCUUUAGAAACUGAACAUUCACAGGGAUCGGCGGUAUUUCUAAAGCCCACAUUUGAGUUCUACUUUCACAUGCUUUAUAACUUCCUGCUGCUGAAAUCUGACAGAUUAACCAGAUUACAUUUGGUGCUUCGAUCUAGCGUUUUCAUGUUGUGUCCAAUGGAUAUCUUGCCCGCUUGAAACAGCGACUUGCCUGGAUCAGAAAGGACUGUAACAUUCUUCUCCAAAUCUGUCAUUUCUACAUGGUGUAUACAAACGGGGCAAAUGUGGAUGUACCUAUGUUUUAUCAAUGGGAUCCUGCAAUACAGUGCAGACACAAAUGAUUGCUGGCAUAGAAAACAUAAGAACCUGUACAAGCCUAGUGGAACAAGAGAAUAAAUCGUUUGGAAAGUU